AUGGGCCCCGAACAAGGCGCAAGUGUCACGCCUCCUGGCGCUGCUGAGCCCCAGCCCGACUGCAGUCUUCGUCUACCAACUCCACCCUCCACUUCUUCCUCUUCCUCUAACGAGGUUUCCGGUACCAUUCUCCAGCCCCCUCCUCUCCCUUAUGUACCCGGCGCGUGUUUCGAUAUCAAACCACACAAGCCCCCGCCUCCCUACGACGGUGGCGGCGAGUAUUACAGACCAGAUCCCAAAGAGUGGAAUGGAGACCCUUGGCCUUGGGGUCAAGGCUCACCCGACACCACCAUCGAGCAGUAUUUCGCGGUGCCGCCUAGAAUGACGACCCCUCCACCAGACCAGACUGUGCGUCGCAUGGAGGUCACGCACCAGAUCCGCUGCGGCGACCCUUGCAAGGCCCAGGUAGUGCGGUGUCUCGUAGAUGGGAGAGAUUUGGUCGCCAAGAUCUUCGACCCCCUGUACGUUGGGCCCGAUGAGUACGGACGUCCGCCUACGCACUACAGCGAGCGCUACUAUUCGUGCGAGGCGGCCGCAUACGAGAGAAUCAAGGAGCGCGGCCUCGAUGGAAGGUUCACACCCAAGUACGAAGGGUGCUGGUACCUCGAGCUGCCCCUGCGCGACCUCAAUGGUCAUAUCGUUCGCCGAGAGGUCCGCCUGAUCCUACAAGAAUUCAUCCCCGGCGACACCAUGCAGGCCCUGGAUGAACGAGGAGAAGUGGACACGAUCGACCCCAAGGUGCGAAUGGAGCUAUUGGACCGGCUCACAGAGAUCAUCAGCCAGCUCGAAUUCAUCGGGGUGCAAUCCCAUGACAUGCACCCCAGGAACCUCAUGAUAUUCAAGGAUGCAAAGAAUGAGUGGCAGAUCACGCUGAUUGACUUCAGCCACUCUCGUGUGCAGGACCUGCCCAACUCCAAGUGGCGGACACGCCGCGGCGAGGACAUGCAGUUGCCCGAGUCUCCGCUUACAAUUUUGUGGAGGGACUGUUGGCCGGAUCAUUGUGAUGGGUGGGUACCCAAGGAAUACGACGGCCAAACCAAGGAAAGCUUCGAGAGGAGGCUCCGAUGGAUGAAGGACCGAUGGGAGGGAUCUAGCCAGUACGGCCCUGUCGACCACAGGUGUCUGCCCGUAUUCACCGUCGACCACUCUUCCGAAGAGCACUCUACCAAAGACGAGUCAUGA